GGUGGGAAAAUUUCCCCCCCUUGCUUGCCAGCUCUGCAGCUUUGCGCCCACUCGCUUACCUUACGUUGAUGGCCAACACCUACCUACAUACACAUAGCACUGCAGUAUAUCUCGUCUCGGAUCCCUACACCGAUUCUUGUCAACUCUGCAGCUCCGUUCAAUUCUAUAAAUCAGUCAAUAUCGACUUGCAGCGUGUGUGGCUUACUGAAAAGAAAGAGGUGUGAUCGUGAUCUCAUCACAUUCACCUACGGUAGCAAAGGAGCAUAAAUAAGCAACAUAAUGCGACAUAACCAAACAUAAUUACCUAGGAAGAGCCUUACCGAGAUUACGACUACCUAAUACUACUACUAUUUUUUAUUUAAUAAUCGUUACCAGUAUCAUCUCAUUCCUACAUCGCACGACUCGAACCUAAAUCUUUCUUUUCUUUUCCUGCUCGUUUAACUCUAAGCCCUUCCAAUCUGGUGCCGCUUAUACCUUUUUUAUACCUUUUACCACUCGCGUUGCUCUCUGGGCAUAUAUUAGUCAAAAUUACGUGGGGUUCUGUUCCGUGUUGGGAGCUACAUAAGCCACCUACCCUACCUAUCGUUUCACACGGAAUUCUGCAGCAAAAGUAGUCGCAUAGCGUAAGACCCUAGGAAGGAUAUUCUAUUAACUGAACGAUUCCACAUGACUUUUACUCCAACAACCCUUGACAGCGCAUCCUCGGAAAUGUCCAACGGCAUCAAUGGUUUUCAUAAGGAGAUUGAAGCACUCCAUAUAAACGGCAAUGGGAAUAGUACGAACGGCACGAACGGCACGAACGGUACAAAUGGUACGAACGGUACGAAUGGCCGAUCUACUUUAGAUGAGAGCGACAAGAAGAAAAAGAGAAUGAGUCGCAAGCUCUCUAGUCCUAUGAUGCCGUCCUUUAUGGUAUCAGCUCCGGGCAAGGUCAUCGUCUUUGGCGAACAUGCCGUAGUCUAUGGCAAGGCCGCUAUCGCUGCCUCCGUCUCGCUCCGCUCCUACCUCCUAGUGACGCACCUCUCCAAAUCAAAACGCACAGUAACCAUGCAGUUUCCCGAUAUCGACCUUAUCCAUACGUGGAAUAUUGACGAAUUACCGUGGGACAUUUUCCAACAGCCUUCUAAGAAAAAGUACUACUACGAUCUUGUCACAUCUCUUGACCCCGACCUCGUAAAAGCCAUUCAACCGCACCUUUUAGACAUCUCGUUAGGGAAGUCGGAAGCCGAGCGAAAAAUACACCAAAAUUCCGCAGCCUCGUUUCUAUAUUUAUACCUAUCGCUAGGGUCGCCGAAGUCGCCAAGCUGCAGGUAUACCCUUCGUUCGACAAUACCAAUCGGGGCUGGUGUUGGAAGUAGCGCCUCGAUUGGCGUCUGCUUAGCUGCAGCUAUGCUGUUACAGAUUCGCACACUGUCUGGCCCGCAUCCCGACCAACCCCCCGAGGAGGCUCGUUUACAAGUGGAGAGGAUUAAUAGAUGGGCCUUCGUGGCCGAGAUGUGCAUACAUGGCAAUCCUUCCGGCGUUGAUAAUACGGUCUCUACACACGGCAAGGCGGUGGUGUACCAGCGGACGGACUAUAAGAAGCCGCCGACGGUGACGCCGCUAUGGGACUUCCCCGAAUUGCCAUUACUCCUAGUGAACACUAGAACACCAAAGUCUACGGCUGUCGAAGUGGCUAAGGUUGCGAAGUUAAGGAGCACGCACCAGGAACUGGUGGGAACAAUUUUGGAUGCGAUAGACAAGGUCACCAGAAGCGCCGAGAGUUUAAUCGAGGAGGAAUAUUUCGACAACGAAGAAACGGAGAGUCUACGGCGCGUAGGAGAGUUGAUGACAAUCAACCACGGCUUACUUUCGGCUUUGGGCGUUUCGCAUCCUCGCCUCGAACGAAUACGAGAACUAGUCGACUGCGAAGGCUUCGGAUGGUCGAAGCUGACCGGUGCGGGCGGCGGCGGUUGUUCGAUAUCGUUAAUGAAGCCGGAUAUCCCUCAAGAAAAGCUGGAUAAGCUGCAGCGCAAACUCGAUCUGGAGGGAUACCAAACAUUUAGGACGACUCUUGGCGGAGACGGUGUCGGCGUGUUAUGGCCAGCGGUGUUGAAGAACGGCUUGGACGAAGAUGAAGAGGGCGGCAUGGAGAUUGAUCUCGAAGGUUUCCUAAAUGCACCGGGUAAUGACGGCGUGGAGAAGUUGGUUGGAGUGUCUGGCGGCUUAGACGGAGCUGAGAGGGAAGGCUGGAAAUUUUGGAGGGUUGAGAGCCAAUGAUGAAAUUAUGGGAGAAUGGAAGGCGGUUUCGGGAAAUAGUUGCUUCAAUGGAUUGUAGGAGUAAUGUGGUAUCCAACUGAGGGUGUAUUCGGGGCUCUCGUUCCGGUUGCACCUGGUAUAAUAAUUACCUAUAGAGAAGCAUCGAUAUAAACGAAAUCGACGAAAGGGAAUGACCUAGGGGGUUUACUAGAGCAAUAUUUUAAGUUUAAAUUUUAAUAAGACUAAUCAUUAGCCAAACGCGCCUGUCUCUUUUUUAAAAGAAAUAAGAGGCAGGUUCAAUGUUCUGAAGGGUGGUUGCGCUUGCCCCUCCAUCCCUCUAUAUGUACAGUACGCCCCCUGAAAUAAUGUUA